UCAGCCAAUGGUUGGACUUAAACAGAAUCGUUCAAUACAGGAUGAAAAACUUAUUGAAGCUAUUUUUCGGUCAAAUGUUAAAACUUUGUCUGAAAGAGUGACUCGAACAAAUUUAAUUAUUGAUGCCCGUCCAACAGCUAAUGCAAUGGUCAAUGUAGCGAUGGGUGCUGGAACUGAGAAUGUGGAAAACUACAAAAAUUGUGAAAGAAAAUUCAUGGGUAUUGAUAAUAUUCAUGUAAUGAGAGAAAAAUUUAAUGAUAAAAAAAUUUUUACAGUAAUACAUGCUGCUGAUGCUAAUGGUUUACCAGUUAAAAAGUAUAACCUGGAUAAAUCCGGCUGGCUCAAGCACAUUUCCACUUUAUUGGAGUCAGCCCUUGUAAUAAUCAAAAGUGUGCACAUUUCUGGUUCCCAUGUACUUGUUCAUUGUUCGGAUGGAUGGGAUCGUACGGUACAAUUGACUUCAAUUUCUGAACUUUGCCUUGAUCCAUAUUAUCGCACUUUCAAAGGAUUCCAAGUUCUAAUUGAAAAAGAAUGGGUAUCGUUUGGUCAUAAAUUUAGUGAUCGUUCAGGUCACCUUUCUAAUGAAAAGUACUUUAUUAAUAAUGCCAACUCAACGUUUAAUUCCGUACAAAGCAAGUUUACAAAGCAGUCUCAUAUUCGAGAAAUUUCUCCUGUAUUCCAUCAAUUUUUGGAUUGUGUGUUUCAAAUUUUGUCUCAAUUUCCUACAAAAUUUGAAUUCAAUGAAAAUUUUUUGAUCAAAUUACAUUAUCAUUGUUAUUCAUGUCAAUUUGGAACAUUCUUAUGCAAUUCAGAGAAAGAAAGAAUGGAUUAUAAAGUCGCUAACGCAACUUAUUCUGUUUGGGACUAUUUUAAUUCAUAUAAAGAAAUGUUUCUCAAUCCUCUAUAUAAUGAAAAGAAUAAUUCUAAUGAACAAAGAGAUAAUGAUUGUGUAUUAUUUCCUGAUGAGAAAAAUGUUAAAUAUUGGGCUGGGCUAUUUAAUAAAAAAGAUGAAGAAUUAAAUGGCAAUAAUGAUGAGACUCGAGAUGAAAAAGCUGAAGGAUUUACAGCGAGGAUGAAGUGGAGAUCGAAUAGCCCCGUUUCACGACCAGCGUCUCCAAACGUUAACUCAAAUAACGAAGUUGGUGAUGGAAACGUUUGGAAGGAUGACUUACCUUCACCAUCACCAUCAUCACUUAGCAAAAGUGCUAGUGUAUAUGAGGAUAAUCUUUAUUAUGACCCGUGGAAAAAUAUUGGCACCAAAAUGGGAAAUAACGAUUUCGGUACAAUUAAGAAUAAGUUCAGGAGUACCGAAUUCAAUACGAUUAAAGAUAGGUUCAUGAGUAACGCUAAUAGUUUAGCAAGAGCUACUAUAAGUAUUGGAACAUCUGCAUAUUACAAUGUGACAAGCCUUGCAAAAUCAAAUUUUGAUUUAGGUAGUAAUGAAACCAUAUUGUCACCUGUAGAAAUUACGGAUGAUACUAAUAGUAAUAGUACUCCAGAAACACCAAAUAUACGCGAAUUGGAAUCGUUUUCUGCGUUGUCACUGUCUGAAAACUCAGAAAAUGACCAGUCGAUAACUUCGACAAAUUCAACACCAUCUAUAGAAUCACGAUCACCUCGGCAGACAUUUUCAUCUAACUCGUCUUCUUUCUUACCUUAUGAUCGUCGAGAAACUUUUCCUUCGCUAGGAAUAAAACCUAGCAGUGCGCCAUCAUCACCUUCAUCUCGAGUAAGCACACUAAAUUCUAACCCUACGUCACCUUUAUCAGCAACAUCACGUCCUAAUAAUUUAUUGAGGUUCAGUUCCGAGAGUAAAAUAAACUCUCCAUUAUCUACCCCACCUAUUUCUUCAUCACCCAAAACUACAGAACUAUUAAAAGAUUUACCACAUCCGUUAUACAAUGUUGAUGUGUUUUCUUCGCCUUAA